UAUUUUCGCGGGAAAGUUGGUGAAGUGAGCACUUCCAUUCGUCAUGUGGUUUCGGUCCCUUGUUAAGAUUACCAGCGUGCAAACUAGUGCUAGAAGAAUCUGCAGCCCUCAGUGAUUCGCCGGAGAUCUUGCAUGGCUGUGCGUUACAAUCGCCGCGAAACGUCGGUCAGAAAGAAUGGACGGUGAAGUCACUCAUAGCUUCCCUGUGUGUGCUUUAGGUGCAGGUGGGCAUCUUGAGUAGCCCUUUUCUGAAGUCUACUUCUCCAGGCCACGAUGGAUUUGCUUUUCAGUCAGUCCGAACACGCUUCCGAUCAGUCUCUGUUCUCGCAAAAAACUGACUCGAUCUCCGAAGCGUACUCGCAAAACUCGGCAGAGGAUACAUUAUCCAUCGGGGAGACCACACGGAAGCUUGUACAUUGCAGCCAAGCUUCUCAGCGCCUGAUCGACGAAACUGAAGCGGAACGCCUCCAGGUGAUCCCCGAAACGGAAGAGUCGUCUCUUCAAGAAGGCGGCAUGACGGAACCAUGCCUCCCCGAAACCCCACAAAGUAAACUGCCGGACAGCGCUGCAUCCGAUGUUCAGAGAGACGACAAUGGGCAGGAAGGCGACAUAUCUGGCGCCGAGAACGUUUGGAGGGAGGACGCAAAAUGUCACGAAGUAAACGACGUUAAUUCGAAAGUAAACAACGAAAACACAGGUGUUCAUUCCGACCGAGUAAUCAGUGACCCUCCUAUGGAUGACGACGGAUCCAACCACAGCGUCGAGCUACCUGUCGGCACAAUGGGUGAGAAAACGCAUCGUCGGAGGAGGGCUCGAUUGCUGGACGAUUCGGACGACGAAGAUUCGACGAGUGAUCCGAAACAUGCCGAGUCUAUCAGUUCUCGUACCGACGUCGAGCAAGUAGACAGUACCGUCCCUGACGCGUCGAAUUUGAACGACGACAACCUCGAAGUACCGCCGAGUGUCCCGGAGGAUGAUACCGCCAAAAAACCGAGAAGGAUACGAGUACUAGACGACUCGGACGACGAGGACUCAACGAGCGAGCCGAAAUCGCGGGGCAUCGAACCCGCGACCAACUCGGACGCUGUACGAGGAGGUGAAAGUGAGGCAGUGGAAGGACCAUCCCUUUUGGACGCUUGCCGUCGAAUAUGUGACAGUUCGGACGACGAAUCCGUGGAUGAUGUGAGUAGGGACUCGGCUGGUGCACUCAACGAUGAAAACACUGGCGAACCUUGUGGACCUGAAGGGGAUGGGGAGGUCACCGGCGAUGUCCAAAAGAAGGAAAGAGGAGGUAGAAAGUCGGCCAAGAAAGCGAUGGAGGAACUCAAGCAGAUCUACAGCACGAGCCAAAGAAUGACGCGCGAGAGGCAAAUGUCACUGCCAUACCAUGAGCCAGAAAGGCUGAGCUUGAAGGAUUUUCUUCAGCAAAGACGAAGUGCUGGAUCGGAAUCUAGCUCAGCCUGCAAGAAGGAGGAAGAAAAUACUGCUACACCGAUUCCAAGCUCGAGCAGCAGCAAGGACCCACCGCUUGACGACUCGCCGGCCAUUCCUGAUACGCCCAUAGGCGUGGACGAUCUGAAAUGUUCCGUGGGACCCGAGAUGAUGGAGGCAACGCCCACCGAGAAACAGCCUGCUGACGGAAGUUCACUGUCAAGUAGCAGCGAGGGAGCACAGAUGCUACAUUUGUCGGCUAGACGACGGCGGAACUUGGAAGCCAUCGCUGCCGGCCUAGUGCCUCGUCUCAGUCAGGAACCUGUGAUCCUCCUGGCCGACGACAGUAGAGACCAACCGAAGGGUGUUGAUCAUCUGUUAAAGCGGCUGGUAAAACAUACCAAGGUUGACGACGCUAAGAAAAAGAAAGAGUCUAUCAAAGCAACUGCCAUUGUGGUACCUGGGAUUAUAGAGGAGGGCCCGAUUUCGCAGAAAGGAGUGAGCCAGCUAUCUGUCCUAAAAGAGAAGCUUCUGACCAAAGUUCGACAGCAGCGCAACCGUUCCAGAGAGCAACGUUACCUGCAACAAUGUCUGGACAACGAAGAACUUCCACCCGAUGCUGCUCAGUCGGACGAUGCACCGAAGUCUCCACUGGCACUUGCUGAUGAAUUUGAAGAAGAAAAUGACUUUUCUGAAGACGACACGUCAUCCGGUGAGGAAGAAGAAAAAGGAGAAGAUGGAAACAACUCCGAUGACGACGACGUGGUUCUCAAGCACAAAAAGCGAACGAGGAGAGUAAACCCACUUUCUGACGACGAUGAUCAAGAAGGCUCUGAACAGACCAAAAAUGCUUCCGUAGAAAACGUUGAAAAUGACGACGAGGACUUCAUCAAGAGCUCCACCUGGAGAUGCCUGCCUUUCUCGACACUGAGGAUAACAUCGACCAACCAGAAACGGGCGAUGAGAAUGAGUUACACGAGUUUGAUGAUGCAGACUGGUGCCCCCGUUGAACUGAGCGUGUCACGGAAGGAAAAAAAGCGACGCCUAGCACGAAAUGUAAUCACUGGUGCUGAAGAUGCUGAAAGCUUUUUGGAUUCCUCACAAGUUGCAAACAGUGAGAAGAAUGCACAAACGCCGCUGAUUCACAAAAGCAGGACAGUGCACAGCUUUCAGUGUGACGAAGCAGAACUGUUCAGCCCCCUCACGGGUCUGCCUGGGGCACAGUCAAAAACGAAUACUCCGCAGCAAGGAACUGCUUCGGCGUCUAGCAGCUUUCAAGAGAGCCCAAUGGGCUCGAGUGUUUCACGACCUCUGUCCUUGGCCUUUUCUCCUUUGGCGGCAACUGCUGGGGCUUUGACAGCUUGCAGGUCUCUGCGAAGGCAGUUUUCAGAGGACUGUGCCAAGCCCUGGGAAGGCGGGACACCCGCCCCUAUUAAUCCGUCUCAAGACAUGGAUGAGCUGGUUGGAUUAUGCUCUGGAAGCUUUGGAGCGCGUGCUCAAGCUGACAAGGUUGAAGAAAAGGAGGAAGAAGAAGAUGACGAUGAUAUGCCUGUAGCCACCCUCAGCGAACCAGAUGAGGGCGUUGGAAAUGAAAGCGAUGAGGAACCAGAUGAUGAUGUUGUUAACGACAGUGCUGGCGAACCAGAUGAAGACGACAUAGAGGGCGACAGCGAGGUUGAAAGCACUCCUGCGGCAAAAGAAGAGAAACCGGCGCUCAAACUGCAGGACUUUUUCGAGGACGAGGCGGAGCUUUCUGGAAGCGACGUCGGAAGCGACGGCGAAGAAGAGGACGACGAAGAAGGUGUGGUGGCCGACCUCAUUGCCGCCGAGAACGGGAAAGAGGAUGACGACAAGAUACGGGAAGAGAUUGGACGCUUUCACUUCAAGCAGCUCCUCGACGAGGACAAGCGAGAGUUGAAGAUCUACCAGGAGCUGCUCUUGGAAGACGGCGACCUCCACUCCGACAGUGCGGGACGUCAGCGGCAGUUCCGGUGGCGAAAUUCAGGCACUGAUGAUCUGGACCAGCAUCCUGGUUCCGAAGGUGAGGAGGAAGCUCAGAACGAGACCGAGCAAGAGGCAGACACGACAUGGCGCCUGCAACGCUUGGAGCGAAGGCGCUGGCUUCAAGAACAGGAGUCAGCGCAGGGCCCAGACACUCACGACAACGCAUCUUUCUCGGAGCAGGAAUCAUUGCUUAGAGCCCCUGCAGUCAUUGCAAGGCAGGACUCGUUUACCAAUAAACCAGCAGUCAAGAAAAGGGCAAUGUGUGGCUCUUUCCUGAAACUCGACUCUGGAGUUCUCGGUCGUAUCGCCGAGCGCAUCAAGGUCGCCCCUCCGACCGAGGUCGAAGGUUCGGUAACCACGAAAAAUUUCGUCUUCAGAGCUGCCGAAGAGAAACCUCAAAAAAAGCGGCCACCUGCUGACCAGCCCAGCCAGGAAUCGAAAAAACCCAAGCUAGUGGAGGUGUCUGAGAAGAGAGAAUUGAAAAUCAGUGUAUUCAACUUCAUGUGAACAUUCAAGUGCCUCAUAUGGAACAGGGCUUUUGAAUAUUGUGACUUAUGUUAAAUAAACAUAUUUAUUUUA